UUCUUCAGUGAACCUCCAGAUCAGUUUUCUCAGGAGCCAGCCUGGCCUUACAUCAUUGAUAAAAGGAGGAAAGGCUGGAUACAGCAAAUACCAUUUUCAAGAUGUCCAGCAAAGGGAGCAGCACAGAUGGCAGAACAGAUUUAGCUAAUGGAAGCCUGUCUAGCAGUCCAGAAGAGAUGUCUGGAGCUGAAGAGGGGAGGGAAACAUCCUCAGGGAUUGAAGUAGAGGCCUCAGACCUGAGUUUGAGCUUGACUGGGGAUGAUGGUGGCCCCAACCGCACCAGCACAGAAAGUCGAGGCACAGACACAGAGAGCUCAGGUGAAGAAAAGGACUCUGAUAGCAUGGAGGACACUGGUCAUUAUUCCAUCAAUGAUGACAACCGAGUCCAUGACCACUCAGAGGAAGAGGAAGAGGAGCAGCCUCUGCACCGAGUACAGCGCAAACGGGCCAGCCGUGAUCAGGACUCCUCAGAUGAUGAGCGAGCCCUGGAAGACUGGGUAUCCUCAGAGACAACAGCUUUGCCCCGACCUCGCUGGAAAGCCCUUCCUGCUCUUCGGGAGCGGGAGCUGGGUUCAAGUGCCCGUUUUGUGUAUGAGGCUUGUGGGGCAAGAGUCUUUGUACAGCGUUUCCGCCUGCAACAUGGGCUUGAGGGCCAUACCGGUUGUGUCAAUACCUUGCACUUUAACCAGCGUGGCACCUGGCUGGCCAGUGGCAGUGAUGACCUGAAGGUGGUGGUGUGGGAUUGGGUGAGGCGGCAACCAGUACUGGACUUUGAGAGUGGCCACAAAAGUAAUGUCUUCCAGGCCAAGUUCCUUCCUAACAGUGGUGAUUCCACCUUGGCUAUGUGUGCCCGGGACGGGCAGGUCCGUGUAGCAGAACUGUCUGCUACACAGUGCUGCAAGAACACAAAGCGUGUGGCCCAGCACAAGGGAGCAUCCCACAAGUUGGCCCUAGAACCAGACUCCCCUUGUACGUUCCUGUCAGCUGGUGAAGAUGCUGUUGUCUUCACCAUUGACCUGAGACAAGACCGGCCAGCUUCGAAACUGGUGGUGACAAAAGAGAAGGAGAAGAAAGUGGGGCUGUAUACAAUCUAUGUGAAUCCUGCCAAUACCCACCAGUUUGCAGUAGGUGGGCGAGACCAGUUUGUAAGGAUUUAUGACCAGAGGAAAAUUGAUGAGAAUGAGAACAAUGGAGUGCUGAAGAAAUUCUGUCCUCAUCACUUGGUGAACAGUGAGUCCAAAGCAAACAUCACCUGUCUUGUGUACAGCCACGACGGCACAGAGCUCCUGGCCAGUUACAAUGAUGAAGACAUUUACCUUUUCAACUCUUCUCACAGUGAUGGGGCCCAGUAUAUUAAGAGAUACAAAGGUCAUAGAAAUAAUGCUACAGUAAAAGGCGUCAAUUUCUAUGGCCCCAAGAGUGAGUUUGUGGUGAGCGGUAGUGACUGUGGGCACAUCUUCCUCUGGGAGAAGUCAUCUUGCCAAAUCAUUCAGUUCAUGGAGGGGGACAAAGGAGGUGUGGUGAACUGUCUUGAACCCCAUCCUCACCUACCUGUUUUGGCAACCAGUGGGCUGGACCAUGAUGUGAAGAUCUGGGCACCCACAGCUGAAGCUUCCACUGAGCUGACAGGGUUAAAGGAUGUGAUUAAGAAGAACAAGCGAGAACGGGAUGAAGACAGCUUGCAUCACACGGACCUGUUUGAUAGCCACAUGCUUUGGUUCCUUAUGCAUCACCUGAGACAGAGACGCCAUCAUCGGCGCUGGCGAGAACCUGGGGUUGGGGCCACAGAUGCGGACUCUGAUGAGUCUCCCAGUUCCUCAGAUACUUCCGACGAGGAGGAGGGCCCUGACCGGGUGCAGUGCAUGCCGUCCUGAGGCCCCAAACUUAGGGAUGGGCUGGGGCUGCCAACCCAGUGCUGCCUGGGCAGCUCUUUUUUGGCCCCAGGCCCUUACAUUCAUCAGAGAUGCACUUUGGACUUUGUUUGAAUAAAAGAGACACGUCUGAGAAGGACAGACCACAGGGGAUUGAGCCAGCAGAGCCCCAGGGGUGAGAGACGGCAUGAGCUUCCAUGGAAAGGCGCAAAGGAUGCAGCAGAAGUGGGCCUCUCCCUGAAGCCUUUGGUUAACAGGCUCGGAUAGGAAAUGGGGCUUAUUUUUCUUUAACCUCCCUUGUUUCUUUUGUGGGGGGUGGGGGAAGGACUGGCUGUUCAGUACCAAGGGGCCAGAGAAGAGGGUAGGAAUGCCACUCUCUUUGGUUUAGGGUUUUCACCUUUUUUUCCCCCUUUUUUUUUUUUCUUUUUUUUUUUUUUUUUUCUCCCCUUUUUUAAGAAAUCUGACAGUUCCAUUGUUUUUUUGCCCCUGAGCAACCACAUCCCAGGACCUUGUUUUUCUGGGAAAUCCUUAAGAGUCCCUGACCAUCCCAGUACUUUUCUCUUCCGUCACUGCACUAUUCUCUGUACUUCUCACAGGGUUUACACUUGAUUACAUACCCUCCAUAUCUCUCUCCACCCCGUCACUCUCUAAGUGGGGGGCUGUGACGGAGGCUGUGGAGAAGUGGGGAGGGGGCAAGAGGUGGAAGAACAGGAAGAAGUUACCUCUGUGUUUUUGUUUUUAAUUGUUUGGUGGCAACAAUUUCCCUGUCCCUAUCACUGUUAGAGGCCUAAUUUUAUAUCUAUAAAUAUAUUAAAAAAGCAAGUUAAACUUGGAUGUAUCAAGUUAAAAUUAUUGUCGAAAGUUUAAAUACCUAUAUAUUCUCUAUGAAUACAAUGCAAUAAAGGGACUUAAAGGAAGAAUGAGCGAGACUGAUGAUGCAGAGGUGACAUGUGGGGUCAGCUUGCCAUUUAUAUAUGGCUGUCAGAGCCUGGGGCCUACCUUUAGGUUUUAUAAGGUCAAAAACGGAAGGAUAUUUGGCUGUGCCCUUCUUUCUCUGCCUUGGUGCAGAGGUUUGGAAAAACAGAAAAUUCCUUUCAACUUUGCCUCAGGUCUUCUAAUUCCCUUAAGUCUUAUGGAGGAUCCCAAGAUUGCUCCUCUUAUUGGAGGCUGGCCUGUCUUUAAAACAUGACUGGCCUGUGACUUCAGGAAGGGCACCAUCGCUGCAGACCUUACCCUGGUUCUGCUAUGACAGAAAGCACACUCAACCCCUGGCCUUUAGCUGCUUGAUUCUUUAAGCCAUUCAACUCCAUACCAGCUCCUUUCCUACUGGAAGGAUGAAGGGAAAACUUCCUGGGAAUUGAGGGACAAGCCAGUAAUUGGAAGAUUUAUUCUGGUGACUGGGGCUUAGACACCCAAGUAUGAAAGUCCCUGUUGAAUUCUUGCCCUAAAUGCUUUUGCUGCUAUUUCUCUCCCCCUGGUUUUCACAAGAUUCAAUCAGGAAUCCUGCAUCCUGGGACGUUUUGAUUUGACCACUCUGGGCCAAGAAGAAGGGGGAAAGAGCAGAGGGUGGUAUUCCUACACACUUCUUCCUCCUGACCCCUUCCUAGCAGCUCAGACCAGAUGCCAGUUGUGUACUUCCUUCCUUCUUGAGGCAGGGAGUGAAGUAAGCGAGUAGUCGCACUGCUAGGGGGAUUAUGAGGUGGGCUUAAAACCAUGCACUCUGGAAUUUGUUGUAUUUUUUCUCAGUAAAGCUUUUCCCCCCCGAC